AUGAACGACUCAGACCUCCUUGUUGCGAUUAUGGGGGCUACUGGCAGUGGUAAGACAUCGUUUAUCAACGUUGCGAGUGGUAGCACUUUCGGUGUUGGAGAAGGCCUAGUCUCGCGCACAGAAGCUGUGCAGACAACACAUGCGUUCCACGUCGAUGGCCGUUCAGUGAGGCUUGUGGACACCCCGGGGUUCGACGACACGACACGCUCCGAUUUUGACAUUCUGAGAACCAUCGCGGACCACUUGACCUCCUCAUACAAGGCAGGGAAGAGUCUCGCUGGAGUGAUCUACAUCCAUCGCAUCUCAGAUAUCCGCAUGAGCGGAAUCGCCCGCAAGAACUUCAGGAUGUUCCGCAAGAUAUGCGGCGACAGCACCCUGCGGAACGUGGUCAUCAUGACCAACAUGUGGGGGUCAGUCGAGCCUUCGAUUGCAGAGGCGCGCGAGGCAGAGUUGGCCAGCGGAGAGCUGCUCUUCAAGCCUGUCCUUGAAGCUGGGGCGACGAUGCUGAGGCACAGCGGGACGAGCGAAUCUGCGCACGACGUGUUGAGGCAUAUCAUCCAGAACCAUGGUGGGCCGCUCGUCUUGGACGUGGUGCGCCAGAUCGAGAUCGAGCACAAGGGCCUGGAGCAGACGGACGCAGCAGAUGCGUGUAGAGACGAGAUGGCCAAAGAGGCAGACCGGCUUCACCGAGAGGAGAUGGAGAAAGUGCAGAGGGAGAUCGAAGCAGCUCUCAAGCAGCAGGAAGAAGAGGCGAGGCGAAGGAUCGAGGAAGAGAUACGAAGGCACCGCGAAGAGGCCGAAAGGGCUGAAGCAGAAGCAAGACGCGCCGCUGAGGAGAUGCGACGACAACGAGAGGAGCUCAAGCGGCAGAUGCACGCAGCGCAAGAAAGGGCCAGAGAAGAGGCACGACGUGCUCAGGAGGAAUACGAGCGCCAGCGCCGGCACCGUGAAUGGGAAGCGAGAUGUGCUGCUAAAAGAGCCGAGAGGGAGCAACGCGAGCUUCAGGCCCGGAUCGACGAAGAGCGCCGGAGACGUGAGCAGGAAGAUAGUGACGACGAGGGUUGCACAGUGCAGUGA